GCACCUGGACUAACUUAGGGCCUUCAUGAAUCCAAUUUUCACGAGAAAAAAACAGUACUGAAACCAAUUCAAAGUCCCAAGACAGCUGAUGUCCUUUUCUCGCAAGAAUGAACGUUUCAUCGACUAAAAAAAAGGAGACGUGUCCUAACCCCUCCAACCCGGUGUCAUUGGUGCACAUCAAACCAAAGGUCAUCGCAACAGCAACGACAAAUGUGCAGAUAUCGGGCUCAUCCAAUGCCACAUCCUCUUUCUCUGAUGCUGAGCAGGAGUUCAAAAACCUCUCUCCUUCCAGAACCUCACAAAGUUCUGAUAACUCAAUAAUUACUCAAGAUUCUGACCUCAAAAAAAUUGAACAGUCGCCUUACUUCUUGACUAGAAAUAACGAUUUAUCCCAGGCAAAAAAGUUGCCAGAGUCAGGCUCACACUCGAAAUUAUCAGACCUGGCACACAAGAUGUCUGAUUUCCUGUUCUCUACCCGUCGAAGUAUAGACACUAGCUGUCAAAAUCUUGCAGCUGAUCAGGGAUCUUUACGUAAUAAUGACUCUUCGAACCCUUCCCCUGUCCAAUCUAGAGAAAGUUCCUUCGUUUCAUUGAGUAGUCUAGCAAGAAGUGGAGCUAGACCAGUCCCUUCGAAAAGAAGAAGCUUUUUAUUUCGUCCCAACCUUAGUCCACCCAGAAGCAGUGCCAACAGUACUAUCAACAAUGUUGAUCAUCACAAUGCCUCAAACAAUAAAAUUAACCCUGAUUCAUGCUUUACGUUGAAUCCAAACUCCUCGAAUGCGUCAUUGGAUUCCAAUACAAUCAAAAACUCGCCAUGCAACUUUUCUUGCAGCGUUAAUACCAACACUGUGAACACCAAUUCUUCAAAAGUGAAAGAAACACACUAUGUACAUGUUGAGUACGAUCCUGUUACACGGAAACGUAUCUUAAAUACAUACGAAAUACUUAAGGAUAUUGGAGCAGGGCAGCACGGGAGAGUGAAAUUAGCCAAAGAUUUGGCUACCGGCACCAGAGUAGCAAUAAAAAUUGUCGAUAGAACCGGCAAGCCUGCCCUUAUGCUAAGCCGGUUAUCUCGUGGCAAGACACAAACACAGGAAGAUAAAAUUCGAAAAGAAGUUGCAAUCAUGAAAAAAUGUGAUCAUCCGCAUGUGGUCAAGCUAAUCGAAGUUUUAGAUGCAGAAAAUUCUAGAAAGAUUUACCUGGUGUUAGAAUAUCUUGAAAAGGGUGAGAUCAAGUGGCAAAUAUCUCCAGAAGAAGUAUUGUCGAUGGUAAAAUCCAAAUCUGAUAAAGUUAGUCUCAGUGGUGAGAUUACAAUAAAAGACUGUAUUUUUGAGCCACUUUUAUCAUUAGAGCAAACGAAAAAGAUCUUUAGGGAUGUUUUGGGUGGUCUUGAGUAUUUACACUACCAAGGUAUUAUACAUAGGGAUAUUAAACCAUCUAAUCUAUUGGUGAGUCAUGACGACAACGUCAAAAUUUCUGAUUUUGGUGUAUCUUUUGCUGACAACCUUGACGGAGAAACUCAGGAUGAUGUUGAGUUAGCCAAGACAGCAGGCACACCUGCAUUUUUGGCUCCUGAGUUGUGUGGCACGGAAGGCAAAAGUAUGAAAGUCACAUAUAAGAUAGAUAUAUGGGCACUUGGAGUAACCUUAUACUGCUUCAUAUUUGGUUGUCUACCUUUCUAUGCGGAUUCAGAAUACCAGUUGUUUCAGAAUAUUUGCCAUGAUGAUAUCAAGUUUCCAGAUAUGACGCGCUGGCGUGUGGCGACCCCAUUGGAUGAUCAUGAAUUUCAGAUGGCAAAAGAUUUGAUAGUGAAGUUACUUGAUAAGAACCCGGAGACUCGGUUGGAAAUUGAAGAAAUCAAAAAGCACCCAUUUGUGCUUGACGGACUGGAUGGUCAGAAAUGGCAAGAUGACGAUAAGUAUUUAGAUAAAAAUACUAAAAUCAAAGUCAGCAGUGAAGAAGUAGAUGAUGCAGUUGUCGGGAUUGGAAGUAGAAUCAAGAAAAGAAUAUCUGAUGCGUUCAAAAGAAGGAAAACUCUUGUUGACUUUGAAAAAAGCUUGAAUGGCCAGAAGGAUAAGGAGAAGCAAACAAUUGAUUCAGAUCUGUUGUUGGGAAAUACUCCCUUGUCGGGACUGAAGGAUGACUGUGGCUACAUUCUGUCUGAAAAAAAUACCCUUAACGAUGAUAGCAUCAACGCCAAAUCUCAGUUAUCUCUGAAUCUGCUGAAUGAUCACUCCGAAUGCAGCUAUAAUCCUUCAAGCUCAACCACCUGUUUAUGUGUCGCCAACGCUCGAGGCAGGUCCGAGAGCUCAGAAGCUACCAAAGAAGGUAGCCCGGUUGAGAAAAAUAAUGACCAACACGCCACUAAUGCACUCGGUAGAGAGGAACACGAUGAGUCUCCUCUCUGUACAAGUAGUCCGGGAGCUAAAAAUUACAGCGUCGAAAAUUACGAUGCAAGUGAUGGAUCUGAUGCUGAAUCGUAUGACUACCGCAAAGAUUUGAAGUGUGAUGACAAUGAAGGUCAAGUAGAAUCAGUCCAGCUAACUGUUAAUCCAAGUUUUGCUUCUCUUGAUAGUUUUUACGAUGACUCGUAUUCCAAAUUCAUUAAUCCUGCUACUACAGUUGGCUCAAGUACCUACACCGGUUUUGGAAGUUUCUCUGGAAGAAAUAAUAUCCCUAAUGCAACAAGAAUGCCUUCCCUUCACAGCAACAGGCCGUCUCUUAACUCAGCAGCUGCAAGUGCUGAAAGUACGCAUAGUUCUGAAUCUCGAGAAAGCAUAGCAAUGGUCCGCAACAAUUCACGGAGUCCUUCGGGUGCACCAUUCAAGCUUCCGGGAUCAAUUCAAACAAAUUUCAACAAUCUGAGGGGUCGACCUCCAAGGACUAAAGCUUCUCCUGCUACAGAUGGGCCUAUUCUAAGCUCUGCCAGAAUUUCGAGAAAUGCUCCAAAGGGUAUGCUUCCUACCAAUUCGAUACUUAAUGCGGCGUCCUCGAUAGUAAAAAAUCUACCAUCAGAAAGUCAUAAAAAUACCGCUUUCAAGGGAAUAGUGGAGUCAGAUUCCUCAAGCGAAGAUGAAGAAAAACCCAUAGAGUUUAAGGGAAGAAGGGAUUCCGAUAAGAGUGCGUCUGAUAUUCGAGAUAACGUACCUAAACCGAUGACGAAUAGUAAAGUAGCCACGAGAAAAGCUUAUUUUACUAGCGGUGAUGACGAAAAAGAUGAUGAGGACAGUAGCAACAAUGAUAUUUCAGGCGUUUCCAAUUCACUAUUUUAUAAAAAGGAAUCAAUCACUGGAACGAACAAAAACAUGAGAAACGCUGAAGAAACACUCACAAAGAAUAGUCAGGCAUUGUUGCCAACGAAGAGCUCAAUAUAUGGUACAAAAUUAAGAUUGGUUCAUCAAAGUUUUGAUCAAACAGAGAAUGGUAGUGAUAGUGACGAUAGCGACGAUAACGAUGCGGAACUCUUUUUGAGUUUUGGCAAACCUAAAGUUGUCUCAAAUAUUCUCAACUCGCCAGGUAAUAGUAUCUCGAGUCAAGGUGCUCAAACCAGUACGGGAAAGAGCGAAAGCGAGAGAAAUAGCAGCAGGGGUGACAGCAAAGAAGUUAUUGCAAGUUACGUCUCAGCGGAAAAUAUCUUAUCCUUGUCUAAACCGACUAUUGUUGAUGUGCCAGAUAAUCUCUUUGAAUCUGAAAAAAGCUCUUUGGACGGUAAAAACAGAAACAUUAACAAUAACCCAAAUCGAAGUUUUGUGUUUUCUGAGAAUGGAGCUAUUGAGGAUGAGCUGGCAGUUUUGAGCAUAAAUCAGGAUGACGUAUUUUGUGAUCAGUAGUUCGGCAUCUAUAGAGUGGUAUUGGGAGUUUAUUUAUGGGAAGUGUAUUUUGUACUAUAUUACAUGCCUAACUGGUAUAUCGAUUAUAUGUAUUCUCGCAACUAUAUUUGAAAUUCAACUUAUAGCAAACCUAUUGAUAACACUGUUCUU